GAGCAGGACAGUUCAACAUUAUGUUUUCCACAGCAGCAGCCUGAACUCUGGGACAAGUCGGGUCAAAACACUAGACCUGUAUUGAAACUGAAACUAAACGGACUGCGGGGUACUUUCCACAUUCACGGCAAACUCGCUUAGUUUUGCAGCUGCGGUGGACAAGACAAGACAGGCGGGUCAGUCAGUAGCCUACACGAGGACACUGACAAAAUAACAACAAAGCAUUUAUAUUCCUAGUUGAUUUAAGUUUGUGGAGGUUUUGUGGCAGUGACAGGAUUAUUUCAGCGUCCACGAUGGCUUGGCAGGGUACCAUCGUUUUCUUUGACCUUCAGACCACAGGAUUGGACACUAAAUCGUGUCACAUCGUCCAGUUGGGGGCCAGCUGUGAAGAUACCAACUUCAACCGCUACAUCCUCCCCGGCAUCCCCAUUGAAUACGAAGCUACAGAGGUGAACGGCCUCACCGUCAGUUAUGGCCAACUGUUCCUCCACGGAGAGCCUGUGAGAACUGUGUCACUUUACCAUUCUUUAAAAUAUUUCAUUGAAUACCUUGGCAGCUUCUUCUGCCCCGUGCUGCUGGCGGCCCACUACGCAUGGGGAUUUGAUCAAAUUGUGCUCAUGAGAGUGCUGAGGAAGUUCUCUCUCUUUGAGCAGUUCGAACAGGUGGUGUCUGGGUUUGUGGAUACCUUACCGCUGAGCAGGAAGCUCUAUCCUCAACUGAAAUGGUUUAAUCAGCCGUAUCUGGUCCGCUGCUUCCUGGAAGGGGAAUACAAUGCCCAUAAUGCAGUGGAGAAUUCCAAGCAGCUGGAAGAGCUGUUUUGGAAUUAUUGGGAACCCUACAAUGAGGACAUCAGUGAGUUCACCGACUGGAUCUACGCUUUAAAAUAAGCUACAGAACAACAUUACAAUACUAAAGUGAAUAUGUGUUGUUUUGUGUUCUCAUCAUGUACCCACAGGUGGUUGUACAGAUCGACAUAACAACAAACGUGUGAUUUCUGACAUAAUGCUUGUGACACCUCAAACUCCAUGUUAAAUAAUGCUCAUACUUUUUGAUGUUCUGUGUCAUGCUCAAAGUGUUUGUUUUUGUAUUUCCUUUAAAUUGAAGCAUAAUGUUUAAAGUACCAUUAAACUUUCAUUUGACUCUUCUA